GGGCGCCUGCGGCGUGGGUUCCUGCCUCUCUCGGAGGGUGAGGGGCGCGCGGAUCCGGAGACAGGGGCUCCAGGAGCGUUGGGGCCACGCAGCCACCUGUGAGCCUCUCGCAACUGCGGGCGGCUGCCGAGUGCAGGGCCGGAGACUGGAGGAAACGCUGGGUGGACCCCGCCCGCUGGCCCGCCGGGCGCACACACAGGCGCACACACACUCGCACCCGCGCGCACACGCACAGCCAGCCGGCAGCGGACACCGCUGAGAUGCUCGCCAGCAGGUCGUGCAAGUUUCCCGCCGGCCUCGGCCGCGGGCGCUGAUGCUCCCAGGUGUAGCGCCCCCGCGCGGCGCGGGCUGCAGGGCAUCUCCAGCAUGACCGGCCAGAGCCUGUGGGACCUGUCGGAGGCCAACGUCGAGGAUGGGGAGAUCCGCAUCAAUGUGGGCGGCUUCAAGAGACGGCUGCGCUCGCACACGCUGCUGCGCUUCCCGGAGACGCGCCUGGGCCGCCUACUGCUCUGCCACUCGCGCGAGGCCAUUCUGGAGCUCUGCGAUGACUACGACGAUGUCCAGCGUGAGUUUUAUUUCGACCGCAACCCCGAACUCUUCCCUUACGUGUUGCAUUUCUACCACACCGGCAAACUUCACGUCAUGGCCGAGCUGUGCGUCUUCUCCUUCAGCCAGGAGAUUGAAUACUGGGGCAUCAACGAGUUCUUCAUCGACUCCUGUUGCAGCUACAGCUAUCACGGUCGCAAAGUGGAACCUGAGCAGGAGAAGUGGGAUGAGCAGAGUGACCAGGAAAGCACCACAUCCUCCUUUGAUGAGAUCCUGGCCUUCUACAACGACGCCUCCAAGUUUGAUGGGCAGCCCCUGGGCAACUUCCGUAGGCAGCUGUGGCUGGCGCUGGACAACCCUGGCUACUCAGUACUGAGUAGGGUCUUUAGCAUCCUGUCCAUCCUGGUGGUGUUGGGGUCCAUCAUCACCAUGUGCCUCAAUAGCCUACCAGAUUUCCAAAUCCCUGAUGGCCAGGGCAAUCCUGGUGAGGACCCCAGAUUUGAAAUUGUGGAGCACUUUGGCAUUGCYUGGUUCACAUUUGAGCUUGUGGCCAGGUUUGCUGUGGCCCCUGAUUUCCUCAAGUUCUUCAAGAAUGCUCUAAACCUUAUUGACCUCAUGUCCAUUGUCCCAUUUUACAUUACUCUAGUGGUGAACCUGGUGGUGGAAAGUACACCUACUUUGGCCAACUUGGGCAGGGUGGCCCAGGUCCUGAGGCUGAUGCGGAUCUUCCGCAUCUUAAAGCUUGCUAGACACUCCACUGGCCUCCGAUCUCUCGGGGCCACCUUGAAAUACAGCUACAAAGAAGUAGGGCUGCUCUUGCUGUACCUCUCUGUGGGAAUCUCCAUCUUCUCUGUGGUGGCCUACACUAUUGAAAAGGAGGAGAAUGAGGGCCUGGCCACCAUCCCUGCCUGCUGGUGGUGGGCUACAGUCAGUAUGACCACAGUGGGUUAUGGGGAUGUGGUCCCAGGGACCACAGCAGGGAAACUGACUGCCUCUGCCUGCAUCUUGGCAGGUAUCCUUGUGGUAGUACUGCCCAUCACCUUGAUCUUCAAUAAGUUCUCCCACUUUUAUCGCCGCCAAAAGCAACUUGAGAGUGCCAUGCGCAGCUGUGACUUUGGAGAUGGAAUGAAGGAGGUCCCUUCUGUCAAUUUAAGGGACUAUUAUGCCCAUAAAGUUAAAUCCCUCAUGGCGAGCCUGACGAACAUGAGCAGGAGUUCACCAAGUGAACUGAGUUUAAAUGAUUCCCUACAUUAGCUGGGAGGACUUGCUAUCCUCAAACCCACAUUGCUGAGCUGCCUCUUGUGCUUCUGGCACAGUACAGGCACCUUAAGGUUGUGGCGUAAGGAGUCUGCGCAACCCCAGAGGGGAGAGAUGCAUGGGAUAUGCGUCCCCGGUUGCUUUUGCAGUGUUUAGAAUCAUUUUUAGAGGGUGGUGUGUCUAACACCAUGCCUUUGCACCUUUCAACGAAAUGACACUCACUGGUCUUUGCAUCGUGGGCAUAAAAUGUUCAUCUUUCUGCCAGAUGAGUACCCAGAAUGCCAAUUUCUCUGUCCACCAUGUACACUAUUCUAGUGCUUGUGCCCUGGUAUUAUGUGUGAGUUCUUUGUGUUCCUGUUUCUGAGGUUGUUGUGUGAGUUCUAUACAAAAAGUCCCCUCAAAUCUGUCCAGUGGAAACGUAUCUAUCUAUGAGGUCAGCAAGGAUAUCAUGAGAUUUUGCUCACAGUCAUGUGAAAAAAACCUCAGUUGUUUAUCCCUUGCUUUCAUUUAGUUUUAAUACCAAAUCAAAGAGAAUGCAAAGUUAAGCACACAGGACCAAUGCAAGCCUGUGAGUUGUUUUUCUAAAUAUCUGUAGCUCUGUGGCUUGCAUGGGUGUACCAAACAUUUUUAGAAAGAUAUAUACUGAUGUUUGUCUUGUAAAUGUCACUCUUUGGAGAAUGUUACUGUUAAACAUGUAGUGAAGAUAAGUUUAUUUUUCCCAAAGAAGACAUACAUUAGGGACAGGGACUUCAGCUGAACAUAGGCCAACUCCCAGGAUGCUUAAAUCUGAGUCCGAGAGUCCAUGCAAUCUAAGCUCUAUCAUUCAUGGCUAGGCCUCCCUCUUUCCUAGGGUGAUCAUAGAGACAUUUAUUUCUGGCUGRGGUAGGUUCCUGGUCUAAGCCAUUGACCAAAGUUUGCUGUCUUAGAUAUUAGCAUGUUUUUGAAAUAUUUAAUUUUUAAGACAUUUAAGAAUUAGGUUGUGUUGUCUUUCUCAGCCUAGAAGAGGCUUACUGUUGUAUUGUCUCCCUGAGGGGAACAUUAUUAGGUUGCUAGCAAGAGCAGUAGCUUAAAUACUUUUGUUGACUGCUCUAAAAGCUCAUAAAAUAAGAUACCUUUUAAUUCCAAGCAGAAUUUGCCCAGAUAGUUUUGCUUCUAGGAUAUUGUACAUUGCAUUUGAUGUUAAGGUUGCCCUGAAUUCCUACCAUGACAUGGUGAUAUAGAAGUGUAUACUCAAAAUUUAGAUGUGCAUGAAGACAGUGUGGCUUACCCAGGAUGGAAACACUAAAGUUUUAUUUCCAUUCCAAUUGCCAUUUAUUGGGGGAGGGUGGGUAGAGGCCAGGCAAAAGUUAUAAAACAAAAAAUUUCUACUUCAUAAAA